CGAUACCCAUGUUUAUCAUAGCAACUAGCAUCUGAGUUACGAGUGAGAUGUGAAUUUAAAAGUUGCUCGUAUUUUUCCAUUAUUCGACGUGUUUGAUUUGUUUUUAACGAUCUUUACCGCACAUUGGUGACAGAGAGGUUCAAGGCAAUCUACCAGAUAAGAGAAAUUCAAAGAAUAUCUGUGAUAAAUCGGAGGAUUCAUUCAAAAUGACGGAGUCCGUCCCAGCAAACCCUGAGCUAAACUUGAAUCCAAAAGAGCAAGAAUUUAUCAACGCUAAAUCCUAUCUUCUGACAUGUAGUACAAGCACAGGGUAUAACUUAUAUGACCAUAUCAGCAGUGUACUCACAAAAGUUUUAGAUCAAAGACCAGAUAAUGUUGUAGACAUCUUUGAAGACAUCAGCAAAGAAACCAAGAGGUCAAAAUUCACAUCAGAUGUGGACACAGUGCAAGAUAAAAUAGACCAAUCCACUGAAGUAACUUUAGCUAAAGUGCAAGAAAAGCUCUUUAAGAAACAGGGUGGCGAAGAUGAAGAGGGCCAACAAGAAGAGGAAAAUGACACGCCCCUUCCUAAUUUGAUGGAACUUGCAUUUUACUUUGAACAAGGUGGAAUUGGAUUAGGCAGGGAAGAAACAUAUAGGAUAUGGCUUGCAUUAAAAGACUUAGUAGAUCACCAUCCUUUACAACAUGCAAGAUUCUGGGGGAAAAUAUAUGGAACAGAACAAAAUUAUAUUGUUGCUGAAGUUGAAUACAGAGAAGGUGGAGAGGAAGAGGAGGAAGAGCAGGAGGAAGAAGAAGCACAAGAAGAAGAUGCAAAUGAGAAGGAAGAAGGCGAAGGAGAGGAAGAAGGUGAAGGAGCAGAAGAUGAUAUUCCAAAGCCAGACUGGAAACCACCCCCAGUUGUCCCAAAGGAAGCCAAUAGAUCUGGAACAAACAAGAAGACAUAUUUUGUUUGCAAUGAACCUGGAAAGUCAUGGAGCAAACUUCCACCAAUUACACCAGCACAGGUUUCAUGUGCCAGAAAAAUAAAGAAAUUCCUCACUGGACGCCUGGAUGCACCUGUGGUGAGCUAUCCUCCAUUCCCAGGAAAUGAAGCUAAUUACUUGAGAGCCCAGAUUUCUCGCAUUAGUGCCGGCACGCACAUUUCACCCCUUGGAUUUUAUCAGUUUGAUGAGGAAGAAGAGGAGGAAGAGGAAGAAGGAGCAGCACGUGAAAACUUUGUUGAAAACGUGGAGUAUGAGGGGAUCCCAGUAAGAGAAUUGGCAGAUCCUGGUCUCCAGAACUGGGUCCAUCAUGUCAUGCACAUUUUGCCACAGGGACGUUGCGUAUGGUUCAACACUGUGCAAAAGCAGGAGGAUGACUUUGAGGAUGAAGAAGAAGAAGAAGAGCGAGAGGAACCAGAUGAACCUGAGCCUGAAGUAGGUCCUCCCCUUCUUACCCCUCUGUCUGAGGAUGUGGAGGUUGAAGGCAUGCCCCCAUGGACCCCCAAGCUGUCCAGCAAUCUUGUCCCACAAUAUGCCAUCUCACUGAUGAGGUCAAACUUGUGGCCUGGAGCUUUUGCUUUUGCUGUGAACAAGAAAUUUGAAAAUGUUUACGUUGGCUGGGGCCACAAGUAUGCAGCAGACAAUUACAGUCCCCCACCCAUCCCUGCCCCUAUGGAGGAGUACUCAAGUGGUCCAGAGAUCACAGAGGGGGAAGAUCCAUCUCCACAGGAAGAGGAGGCCCUCCGCCAGGCUCAGAUGGAGGCCCAGGAGGCAGCCGAGGAAAUGGAAGAAGCAGAGGAAGAGGAAGAGGAGGAUGAUUAGACUGUUGGUUUCUAAGGAAUUCAUAAACAUUUUCACAGAAGCAGUUCUAGUUGUAUUUUACUUGUUUAACUGUUCAAGUGGCAUUAAGACCACUACCGAUUGGAAUUCAGUUUCAGGCUUUCUACUAAAGGAAAAAACAGUACAUUUGUUUGAAGACAAGUGAGAAAGAUAAAAAAUUUUCUUUUUGGAAAAAAAAAUCAAACUUUUAACGAAGAAAAGUGUGACUAAAAGUUCAAUAAGAUACUUACGUGUUACCCAAAGAAAAGCUGUCUUUAAUUAUUGUAUAUCUGCAGAACUGAUCUUCAGUGUUACUCUUGUAAAUAAUGUGUUGGGAAUAAUAUUUUCUUUCUGUAA